AUGACGGAGAAAAUACCAACAAGCACUAGAUCUGGGCCAUUGCGAGCGGUCUUGCUGGUCGGUGCGAUCAGUGAAUACGGUUUCGGCCAAUUUGUGGUCCAAGAAUUGAUCAAGUCGAGGCACUCUUUCAAUCGAAUUGGAGUCUACCAUGAUCUGAAUCGUGACAAUGCGGCCAAAACGCCCGUUCUUGACCGAAUGAAGCAGGCAGGGAUAGAGGUUGUUCAUGGGAAAGGAUUUGAGAGUCCGGAUCCUUUUACGGGUUUCGACUGCAUCAUGAGUUUCCUUGGAAACUAUGGUUUGCAUCUGCAACCUUCACUGAUCGACUCUGCCAUUGCAGCAGGCGUUCGUCAUAUCUACCCUAGCGAGUAUGGUGCGGACAUUCUUGUCGGACAGAACUGGACACAAAGAUAUUAUGUCGAGAAAGUCAGGACUCGAUGUCACCUGGAGGAACGCGGAAAAGAUCUGCCCGAACUUGGAUGGACUUACGUGCUCUUUGGUCGGUUGACCGAAUGGGCAGUGCUAUCACACUUUGGGUUCGACAACCGGGCCGCGCGUGCCCAAAUCUAUGGAACACCAGAUGGAAAGCAAAGUUUGAUUAAUGCAACAGAUGCUGCAGCUUACAUCGUCAAGACUCUGCUGGAUCCAUUGACUUUGACGGACGCAAGAAGGAGAACUUACCGGUUUUCAGAGAGUUCACCAACGUAUGCGACACUCUUCAGAACUUUGAAAAUAGUGACAGGUAGGGAAUACCACGUCGAGUAUUUAGAUGUUGAAGCUGCGCAGCUCGAAGAACAAGCGGCGAAGCAGAGCGGCGACGUUGAUGCAGAACUUUCUGCGAGCCACAAAUUGAUUCAAGGACGACAAGGAACUUUGCUCCCCAUGCCUUGGGAUAACGAAAGGUUUCCAAGCGUGACGCCCUCAAGUCUCCAGGAUAGUCUGACGGCCGCCUUCGCCUCCCCUAAGCUCCGGAAAGCCUAUGGCUUGGAUUGA